UGUUCUACUUGAGGUCAACAAGCCUUCAAUGCAAUCAUGAGUUGGACUUUUUUAUUAAAUUUCGAGUUCAGUUUUCCUUCGGUUGUAGUCGAAUAAGCACAGUGCAGGCGUAUAUUUUGGUAUAGUGAAAUGGUGUUUGUUUAUAAAUAUUCUAUUUGACCGUGUGUAUCGUUGUGGGUUCAAUACUGGGUACAAAAAAAAGUAAGUUUGUUAUCAACAUGGACAAAAAAAUUGAGGAAAACAACUUCAACUCCACAGCCAAUUUAAAAGACAACCCGGGUUUUAAAUCAUCGUUGAGUAUAGCUACGACUGAUGGACAUAAUGAGAAGGCAUACAACCCGUUUGAACACCGUGAUCUCCAGCACCCUAACUCUACAAUAGGCUCAGUACUUCACCUACUGAAGGCAUGCCUGGGAUCCGGCAUAUUGGCUAUUCCGGCAGCGUUCAAGAACUCUGGUAUCGUGGCUGGCACUAUCGGGACCUUCUUGGCUGGACUCAUCUGCACACACACUGUAGCUGUUUUGGUUAAAAUAUCACAAGAAGUAUGCGUGGAUGCUAAGAGGCCGUCUAUGAGCUUCUCUGAAACGUGUGCUGCGGCGUUCGCAUACGGCCCGAAAAAGAUGAGGCCAUGGAGUAGCUUUAUCAAACUGCUGGUGGACUUUUCGCUGCUACUGACGUAUAUAAGCGUCCUGUGUGUGUACGUUGUGUUCAUCGGGUCAUCGUUUAAAGAGGUAAUUGACGUCCUGUUACCCGAAUCGCAGCUAUCGAUCCAGACAUACUGCGUCCUCACCUUAGUACCCCUAGUACUCCUUUGCCAAAUCAGGAACCUCAAGUACUUGGUCCCCGUUUCUGCCCUGGCGAAUGCUCUUAUCGUCAUUGUAUUUGGCAUCACCAUGUAUUAUAUUUUCUCCGACUUGCCACCGAUCAGCGAGAGAGAGAUGGUUGCUAAAGUUUCACAAUGGCCUCUGUUCGUUAGUACUGUUAUAUUUGCCAUGGAGGGAAUCGGAGUGGUUAUGCCCGUAGAAAACGAGAUGAAGAAGCCCCAGCAGUUCCUCGGAUGUCCAGGCGUCUUAACCGUUUCCAUGGUGAUAGUUAUAGUACUGUACGCUAUUUUCGGAUUCUUUGGAUACUUGCAGUACGGGGACGCAGUAAAAGGAAGCAUUACUUUGAAUUUGCCGGAACACGAUAAAAUCGCACAGGCUACGAAGUUGUUAAUGGCUAUCGUUAUAUACUGCUCGUUCCCUCUACAAUUAUACGUGUCUAUGGAGAUCAUAACAAGGUUGACUAAAAGCCAUCUGUCCACCAAAUUUGAAAACGCCUUUCAAAUCACCAUCAGGACUGUCAUCGUAAUAUUGGCAGUGGGUGUUGCUGCAGCCUUUCCGAACUUAGAGUUGGUGAUCAGCUUCGUCGGCGCAGUCUUUUUCUCUACCCUUGGUCUUCUCUUUCCCGCCAUCAUCGAAAUCGUCUACCGCUGGGAUCGAGGCACUGGCCGAUUCAACUACAUAAUUUACAAGAACAUCUUGAUAGCAACCGUGGCUAUCGUAGCCCUAGUGUCAGGAGCGUAUGUGUCUGUCGUGGGACUGAUCGAUCAAUUUAUCAUUGGACAUGUCCCAGUGCAUAAUGAUACCGAAACGAAAUUGUAAAUGAAAAUAUUUAGCGGUUUAUUGAAACUUCAGUGUCAAAUGUACCUAAAUGCAAUCGUAGUUCUGUGUAUCGGGAGUCUAUUUCAUCAGUAAUGUGUCUGAUGCUGAUGAUGAAUGUAUUAUUGGACACGUCAUAAGUACAUAAUGUUACCUUUACGAAAUCGUAAAUAUUAUUAUGCAAGAUGAAAAUGAAAAUGUGUAGCGGUUUACCGUAAAAUUUCAUGUCUCAUAUUAGUUAAGGUAUUAAUUUAAAUAUAGGAUAAGAUAAAUAGUAUGUGCACAUGUUAUUAAAUUAAUAAUAAAUAGUGCAUAGAUUAUUGUGAUUACAGUAAAACAAUCAGUUUUCUCUUU